GGCAGGCAAAGCUGCCGCCCAGGCCCAGACCCUGGCUGACCUAGAGGAGGCGGCGCAGACCUGAGACCCUCCUGGUGUGGGCGGACGUAGGCUCCUGUGAAGCGUCUCCUGCCAAGCCAAGGCUGACCUUGGCCUGCUGCCCUCCCAUCUACCCGGGGCAUUGCUCACUCUGCGCCCUGACCUCAACAGGCUGCUCCUCACACCAGACUGAGGACUGACCCACGACCAGGCCCUGCUCCUUAGAGCUGGAGACCGGACAACCAGCCAGUGCCCACCCACGCGUCCUAGCCUUGUGGCUUUCGCCAUGGUGAAGUUGCUACCGGCCCAGGAGGCCGCCAAGAUCUACCACACCAAUUAUGUGCGCAAUUCCCGCGCCGUGGGGGUGAUGUGGGGCACGCUCACCAUCUGCUUUUCAGUGCUGGUCAUGGCCCUCUUCAUCCAGCCGUACUGGAUAGGCGACAGUGUGAGCACGCCGCAGGCUGGCUAUUUUGGCCUGUUCUCCUACUGCGUGGGCAACGUGCUGUCGUCGGAGCUCAUCUGCAAGGGCGGCCCUCUGGAUUUCUCCUCUAUCCCCUCCAGAGCGUUCAAGACCGCCAUGUUCUUCGUGGCCUUGGCUAUGUUUCUCAUUAUUGGCUCCAUCAUCUGUUUCAGCCUGUUUUUUGUCUGUAACACAGCCACAGUCUACAAGAUUUGCGCCUGGAUGCAGCUGGCUGCGGCCACAGGCCUAAUGAUUGGAUGCCUGGUCUACCCAGAUGGUUGGGACUCCAGUGAGGUGCGGCGUAUGUGUGGUGAGCAGACGGGCAAAUACACCCUGGGCCACUGCACCAUCCGCUGGGCCUUCAUGCUGGCCAUCCUCAGUAUCGGAGAUGCUCUCAUCCUCUCCUUCUUGGCUUUUGUGUUGGGAUACCGGCAAGACAAGCUCCUCCCUGAUGACUACACAGCAGAUGGGAAAGAGGAAGUCUGAAGCAACCGAGGGUUGGUGAGCGACUCUUCUGGCAGGCCAUUGUUUCCCUGGUGAGGACUUGGGACUUGGAUCCUUUGGAGAUGAAAAUGUUGCCUCCAGCUUCCUGUUCCAGCUCCUCCAGGCCUGGGACAUAGUCUCAGCACAGGGCAGAAACCCCCAGUCUCCUAAGCUGCCCACAGACAGCCACCUGCAGCACACAGCCGCCACGGAAGACUUCCAGGGGCUGAGUGGCACGAGGGGACUCAUCCAGGAGUCCCAGUUUCCUUCCUAGAUAGUGACCCCAGUAGCCACUUUACUCUUUGGCGGCCUCUCUGCGGUACAUUAGGUUUCUGAGUCCAUGCUUAGGGGCCCAAGCUUAUGGCUUUGGCCAAGUGGGAAACUGGCUGGAGCUGAGGGUGGUCAGUGGGGCCUCUCUGCUUCUCCAUUGUUUUCAUAUUGCUUCUCAGAGAUGGGUGAGGAAUGGAGGCCAA